AUAGUUGUUAUGUAACAAAACUUUUAUGCAUAUCCUAGGCAGUGUCCUGUAUCUUUAUUAGGAGCACUUUUUAUUUUUUUUGGCAGCUUGAUUUGGAAGAAGUUUUAUUCAUCCUCACCAGGAAAUAAUGUGUGUAUGUGAGUGUGAGUGAAAUACACAACUUUGGUUUUUCAGAGUGGAAUACAACUAUGUACAACAUCUGAGAUCAGUGUUAUCAGUAGUGAUCCUGAAUCACCGGGCACCAUGAUGGCUUUGCUACCGUCAAUGCACUCUGUGUACAUUCCAUUCUUUUCUUCCUAACGUUCAGUACAAGGGUAGAUUAAGCACCGAGGAAAUGGCAUUGACUUUUUGACCACCAGGGAAAUGUUCCGUUCAGCGUGCUCCCCUAAAAAAAGCAGCUAGGCACUGGGAACAAACCUAACUGCAUUUUCUCAGUGGAAAGAAAGAAGGACAAAGGCCAGGCUAGCUCAUUCGAGAUUUGCUACUUUUGCUUUUUAAGGUCUUCUCUUUGUUCGCUUUUAAAAUGGGGGCAAAAGAAACCAAAAAACAAAAAACUUUUCGGUACUGGUGUGAGAAAUAUACAAAGGUCACCAAAAAAAGCAAGGAACAUAUUAGUAACAUUGUUGCGGUGAAUUUCACAUUUCCUUUUCUCCUAAAUAACACCCCCUUUCAGUCUUGACUUGGGCUGACGCUCCAGCUUUUCAGCCGGGUAGAAGUUCGGCCACAAGAUGGCACUGACCAGCAAACAAAGGAAAACAGUGGCUCUGACUUUCUAAAGCCCUGUGACAUUGUCUUGCUUUCCUGGGAGUCCAGGACUGUGGGGAUGAGUGCUUACUUUCCUUUGCACCGUGCGUCUGUGUUUAACAACGUGUGGAUAUGUUUAAUUUCUCUUCCUUCCAGAAUUCCUAGGCAACGCACCCCCGAAGAGUAUACCCAAGCUGAGGUGUUUGUGGGGGAAGCAGCAGGCGCUACUCGCGGGGCGCCGUCACGUGAUCCGGGGAUAAGGUGGAGUUCGGCUUUAAGGGGGCGUCUCUUCCUAUCUUCAUCAAUCUUUAGGAUUUGAGCAGGAGAAAUACCAGCGGAUCUUUUCUCCCGGCUCUAUCCCUUCCAUUACCAUUCUUCCCGCUUUAAUAAACGGGCGAAAACGACGAAUCCAACAGAGGAUCGUUCACAUUUGCCAUGCUUACCUGGGUCCUACGAAAAAAGCAUAUCUCACUAGGUGGCCCCCAGGCAUGGGGGAAAUGGAAAGCUUGCUUGUCACUACCUGGACAGAGAAACAGUAUCUGUCAGUCCCAAGACUCUAGAAUGCUUUCCUGGUAAAGAGAGCAGAAAGCUGUCCAGCCCAGUACCCCACCUAUGACUAAAGACUAAGUGCUUUUCGGUAGUAACAGCACUAAGAACAGCAAGCAGUGAAAGACCAGCAUUCCAAUUGGAAAGGAUAAGGAAAUUUCCCUUUGGAAGGGGGCCAAUUUUCCAUCUGAUGAUAUUGUUCAGUUCAAGGGAAUGAAGAAUUCAGAAUAAUUUUCAUAAAUGGAUUGUAAGAAUAAGAAGAAGAAUAAGAAUAAGCUGAAUAUUUGAUCUGCUUUGAAGAAACAUAUUUUCCAUUUGUCUAGAAUAAUCUAUAACAACCAAACCAAUCAAAAUGAAUUCAACAUUAAUGUCCCAGGUUGAAAAUCAUUCAAUCCUAUGUAAUUUUUCAGAGAAUUCCCAGUUUUUGGCUUUUGAAAGUGAUGAUUGCCAUCUGCCCUUGGCCAUGAUAUUUACAUUAGCUCUUGCUUAUGGAGCUGUAAUAAUUCUUGGAGUCUCUGGAAACCUGGCGUUGAUCAUAAUCAUCUUGAAACAAAAGGAGAUGAGAAAUGUUACCAAUAUCCUAAUAGUGAACCUUUCCUUCUCAGACUUGCUUGUUGCCAUCAUGUGUCUCCCCUUCACAUUUGUCUACACAUUAAUGGACCACUGGGUUUUUGGUGAGGCAAUGUGCAAAUUGAAUCCUUUUGUGCAAUGUGUUUCGAUCACUGUGUCCAUUUUCUCUCUGGUUCUCAUCGCCGUGGAGCGACAUCAGCUGAUAAUCAACCCACGAGGGUGGAGACCAAAUAACAGACAUGCUUACGUAGGUAUUGCCGUCAUUUGGGUCCUUGCUGUGGUUUCUUCUCUACCUUUUCUCAUCUAUCAAGUACUGACCGAUGAACCGUUCCAGAACGUGACACUUGACGCGUUCAAGGACAAGUACGUGUGCUUUGAUAAAUUUCCAUCGGACUCUCAUAGGUUGUCUUACACAACUCUCCUCUUGAUGCUGCAGUAUUUUGGCCCACUCUGUUUUAUAUUUAUUUGCUACUUCAAGAUAUAUAUACGCUUAAAAAGGAGAAACAAUAUGAUGGACAAGAUGAGAGACAAUAAGUACAGGUCCAGUGAAACCAGAAGAAUCAACAUCAUGCUGUUGUCCAUUGUGGUAGCAUUUGCGGUCUGCUGGCUGCCUCUUACCAUCUUUAACACUGUGUUUGAUUGGAAUCAUCAGAUCAUUGCUACGUGCAACCAUAAUCUACUAUUCUUGCUCUGCCAUCUUACAGCAAUGAUAUCCACUUGUGUCAACCCCAUAUUUUAUGGAUUUCUGAACAAAAAUUUCCAGAGAGACUUACAGUUCUUCUUUAACUUUUGUGAUUUCCGGUCUCGGGAUGAUGACUAUGAGACAAUAGCUAUGUCUACCAUGCACACAGAUGUUUCUAAGACUUCUUUGAAACAAGCAAGCCCAGUCGCAUUUAAGAAAAUCAACAACGAUGAUAAUGAAAAAAUCUGAAACUGCUCUAGCAUAUGGCCCCAGAUGACACCUGUCUAAAACCAAGCACAACCCACAACAAUACUUGUAUUCCCCCAAGGAGUGAGGUUGUAAUCAUUUAAGAAAGACCAAGAUUUGUUUGUCUUGCUUUUUACCGCUUUAAUUGUAACUGUCAUAAUUAAAUUCGGACAAAAUGUAUGGACUUUGGAAUUUUCUGACAUUAGUUUGACCAGACAUCCUUGAAGUGCUUUUUGUAAACGUAUGCAUAUAAUACAAAGACUUUUAUACUUGACUUGUUGGAAUAAAAUUGCUUUAAAGGACUACUACUGACUGACUUUAGAAGCACGGUAUCUGAUACGCAUUAGAUUGGGCUAUCCCUAUUUCAUUAGGUUACACGGUCAAUAGAUUGGGCAAUCCUGAUGUAAUGAUAGACAUUUCAGUCUGUUACAGAGGUGACAGCAAAAGCAGCAUUCGAGAUGUGGAGCUGAGUCUCUGUCUUACAUACCUACAGUCUGAAGUCAUUGAAGAGUGAUUUGCAUUUUUUUUUAAAUUUGAGACAGGAUUUAAUUUGCUCCUGAUUUAUCACUUAAGAUAAAAAUGCAUAAAAAUACUUCUCAGCUGUGAAUAUCAUGGGGAAUUGGGCCACCCACAAGAAUUAAGUGGGAAAGCAGUUCUCUAACUUCAAAACUAUUUUGGUACCUGACAACCAAAGGGUUUCAGAGCAAUUAAUUUAACAAGCAAACUAGUAGUGCAGCAAAUAGUUGAAUUAUAUUCAUCUGAAUUGUUGGUCAAGAGGCUUUCCAUUCUUCACAAACUGUUCAGUGUCCAGUUUUUUAGCCUAAAUAUAUAUGUGGCUUAAAGGUAUUUCCAGCUUUCGAUAUGUAAAAACACAGAGUGUAUUUUCCAUACAUCAGUGCCUAUAUAGUAACUCAUUUUUAACUUUUUCAAUGUCCGUUUUUCAAAGGAGGACACCAAAGUAUAAUGUUAAAAGAAUGUUCACCCUGGCUGGCAGGGAUAAAUACCUGAAAACUGAGAACACUUCAUAUAGCCCAUUUUAACUUAUAUGAACUGUGUGCCUUGUGUAGUCUUGUAAAUAAUGUACUGUAUAGAGUACUAAGUGGUUGUGUUAUAUUAAUAUACUUAAUUUCAUGCAUCCUGUAUUCAUGAUUGAGGCUCAGAGUCAUUUGGAGAGAAGAUAUUUUAAAGAACAAGAUACAACUUCAGUGUAUUAUAAACGUAUUAAAUGUGUUUGAUUUUAGAAGGCA